ACUUAAAGAGCGGGAACCUCACCUCCAGGUUGCAAUUAAGCAACAGCAUCGCCCACUUAAAGCUGAUGACAAGAGUCCCCGGGAGUGCAGAGAGGAUACACUGGCUGCACACUGGCAGGCCCUCUGAAACACUUCUUUUUAAGUCACAAAAACAACAGAAAUCAUGUGCAGUCUUCUACCCCAAGACAACAAUGUGAAUUUAAAUAAGGAUCCACGCUGUGGAGACAGGAUGAAACUCACCAGUGAAAAGUUGCCCAAAAACCCUUUCUCGCUGUCUCAGUAUCCUGCUAAACAACAGAAGAAGGAGAAGCCUGAUUAUUACCGCCAUGCUAAUUUGGUGGAUACAGCAUUGCAAUUCCUGAAAGAAAGAAUAAAAAGAGGGGAUGCUAUGGCGUAUUUUCUAAGAGGUCAACUCUAUUUUGAAGAGGGCUGGUAUGAAGAAGCCUUGGCACAGUUUGAAGAAAUCCAGGAGAAAGAUCAUCAAGCAAUUUAUCAGCUAGGAGUGAUGUAUUAUGAUGGGUUGGGGACCGCUGCAAAUGCCGAAAAAGGAGUGAACUAUAUGAAGAAAAUUCUUGAUUCUCCAUGCCCCCAAACAAUACACUUGAAAUUCGCUGCUGCCUACAACCUUGGAAGAGCUUAUUUUGAAGGAAGAGGUGUGAAACGAUCAGAUGAUGAAGCGGAGAGACUGUGGUUGUUUGCUGCAGACAAUGGAAAUCCAAAAGCUAGCGUGAAGGCCCAAAGUAUUCUAGGACUGUAUUAUUCGAUGAAAGAGCCCAAAGAGUUAGAAAAGGCAUUUUUCUGGCAUUCGGAAGCUUGUGGCAAUGGAAAUCUGGAGUCCCAGGGUGCACUUGGUCUCAUGUACUUUUACGGACAGGGAAUCCGCCAGGACACUGACGCCGCCCUGCAUUGCUUACGGGAAGCAGCUGAACGAGGGAAUGUCUACGCCCAGGGAACUCUUGUGGAGUACUACUACAAGAUGAAGUUUUUUACAAAGUGUGUUGCAUUUUCCAAAAGGAUAGCGGACUACGAUGAGGUUCACGACAUCCCCAUGAUAGCCCAUGUCACAGACUGUCUCCCAGAGUUCAUCAGCAGAGGCAUGGCCAUGGCGUCUUUCUACCACGCACGGUGUCUCCAGCUUGGCUUGGGCAUUGCGAAAGAUGAAGCAGCUGCCAAACACUAUUAUUCUAAAGCUUGCCGUCUGAACCCUACAUUGGCGGAUGAGCUUCACUCCUUACUUAUUCGACAAAGAAUUUAGCCCACAAUGCAUUUCAACAAAGACCAUCAAUCCUAGCAGAUACAUCUGUUAUAUCCUGCAUCCCGUAAUAUUAUCCAGGGUGUUUUACAGAAGCUUUUCCUUCAUUCUUAUAUUUGUAUUCUGUAAUUUUUACAAACCAAACUUUGGACACCAAUCAAAUUGCUGGGAAGAGCCCUCAGAAACCCACCUCUUAGCCUGCAGAGUGGCCUGGACUGCCCUGAGUUUGAAAGCAUGCUGAGAGAAAGUACCCCUGUGCCUUAUUAAAUGCAGUGUCUGGAAUGACUUAGUACAGAUUGAGUCUUGUGGUUUCCCAAGUACAUGUGCUGCCAACUUAGUUAAAAACAUAAUUUGAAAGUUUCAUUCUUUAUAUUUUCUUGGACAUUUGUUUAAUGUUACGAAUUUUGCUAAUUUAAAAUGUACUGUUGUCUGAAUUUUUUCACAAAUUAAAUGAAGGCCAAGUAAAAUUUAAAGAUUAGACUUCCAAAUCCCUUAUGUAGAAGUGUAUAGUAUUUCUAUAACUUAUUAAAAGAGUCUUGCAGAUAACUGGCUAAUUUGUAAAUUUUUAAAAAUUGGAUUUAAGAAAUUACUUAGCAUCAUGUCCCUCCAAAUGUGCCCUCAAAGAUCUUAGAGCA